AUGGACGCUCCAUCAGACUCGGCUGUCGCGGCCAACAAUCUUGCUUCAACCCGCAACGAUGAUGAGCCAUGCAGCAUGCCGCAAACAGCCGAUGGCGAUCAGAACAUGGCUGCCGCCGAAACGACACAAGCACACAACGCCCAGUCCGGAGUAGGCGAAAUGGCCGCCGGAGCCGCCAAUCAAGCAGCUGCACCUGCAUCAGCGGCACCUGCGCAGGGGAAGCGCCCCAAAGACAAAGUCAAACGCAGCGUCGCAAUCCACACGGGCUACGUUGGCACCGGCUACAAAGCCGCUUUCCUCGAGGAGACCGGCUCGUCCAUCAAUCGCACGCUUGGGGAUGACGUCACCAUCGAGCAGGUCAUGGGUUUGCGCAUGCUUGUGGACGAGUCGUGCUAUGUGGCAGGGGGUCCAGGGGCCGAUACCGAGGGACUGGUCCUGGCUGAUUCCAUCAACCGACACCUGCCGUCGCAGAUCCGUGUGUUUACCGUACAGAAGACCAAUAAGAAGUUUAGUGCUCGGCACAUGUGCGAGGAGCGCGUGUAUCAGUACUACCUGCCGGCUAGCAUGAUCGACCUCAAAUGCGAUGGUGGUGAGGAGGACGCGGCGAAGCUGGCCGUGUUCAGAGACGCGCUGAGUUGCUUCCAGGUCUCUAGUUAUGUGCCGGUCGGCAUGGGGGAACCCGGGGGAGCAAAUGUGCAGUACAAACCAGGCCGCGGCGCUCACAAGCGCGGGCGGGAGAGGGAGGAGGAGGACGGCGAAGGAGAGGACUGCACGCCGCGUAGAGAACGUACGGAAGCAAGCGGCGCAGAGCCGCCGCCGCCGCCGCCGCCGCUCCCUCCUGGCGCUGCCGCCGCUGCCGCUGAGCUUCCAGACACCGGCACCGCUGGCGGCGGCAGCGGCGGCGGUGGGGACGCAGCCGCCGGUGACACGGAGAUGCGUGACGGAGCCAGCGGAGGCGGCGACAGCGGGUCAGCGGCGACGGCGGAGCUGCCGCUACCGCCGCCGCCACCUGCUCUGCAAAGGGGUCCUCAGCAGCCGCACGAGCAAUCCGGAGCGGUGGCGGAGGCGAGUGACGGUGACGGUGACGGUGGUGGUGGUGGUGAUGCCGACGGAGAACCGGAAGCAAAACGCCCCAAAACCGCCGCCACUUUAGCUUCAGCGGCGGAAGCGGUGGCGGUGGCGGAGGUGCCGCCAGCGGCGGGAGCCGAAGGUGAAGGACCUGCUGCCGCUGCCAAACGGCCGGCAGCCGGCCGCCGGGAGGGCGGAGGCCGGGGCGGCGGAGGCGGCGGCGGCAGGGAUGAUCGGCGACGACGUCGCGGCGGAGGCGGCGGCGGUGACGACGGCAGCGGCGGGGAUGAGGACGACGAGGAGGAAGAGGAGGGCUGCGCCGGGGAGCUGGAUGAGGAGGAAGAGGAGGAGGCGGCAGAAGCAGAAGCAGCAGCAGCAGAAGCAGCAGCAGGAGAAGCCGGGUGCGCAACUGUUGACGGAGGUGAUCAAGGACCUGGCACCAAACCAUCUCGCAAGAGACAGUACGGCCCGUACGGUCGUAAAUGUGUACUGCAAUGGCAGAUGGAGAUGGAUCCCCGGGACCGCGUCACUCAGACCUAUUACCGCCGCAUCCACCACUUCACGGCGGCGGACCCCCGCCCCCUGGUCGAGGGCGGUACUCCCUGCUUGCUACUGGAGGUGCGAGGUCAGAGCUUCAUGCUGCACCACAUACGGCACAUGAUCGGGGGGGCGGUGGCGGUGGCGCUGGGCCUUAUGCCCAAGGACGUCUUGUUGGGCUCCCUGGAGCCCCCCGCCCGGGUCGCCAUCCCCCGCGCCCCCCCGCACACACUGCUGCUGGCAGACUGCACAUUCGGCCGCUUCCCGCAGCAGUGCGGCCCAGGAGAUAACGAUUUGAGAAAUGUGACUGGUGUACGGCUCAGUGUACGAGCAGGAGGGCAGCAGCGGCGGGAGGACUUCCGACGCUCCGUACUCCUUCCCGCCCUCCAGCAGCUGGUGGAGCUAGCCGAGUGGGGGGAGUGGAAGGCGUCGCUGUACGACACGUACCCAUUCCCGCAGGACGGCCCCACACCGCCACCGCCACCGCCACCACCAGCCGCCUGUACCUCACGUCCCUCCUCCCACCCCACCCCACUACGGCCGUGGGAGGGUGCUCAAUCCAUCACCAUGCAUCAUGUGAUGCGCCGCCUCGCACACGUGGUGUCCAGCUAA